GUUCAACUUUAGCUAAUAUGUUCACAUGGCGAGAUAACCAGCGACACCCUUCUCCCCCCAACUAUCCCCUAGUCAUCGACUCUGAACGCAUUGCCUAUCCCUCAAAGCUUGUAAAGUAACAAUAAAAUACGUUGAAGUAACGCAAUACGUAUAAGGUGUAUUGGUAGACACUUUAGCCGAGUACACUUACAUUCCCCUAUUUCCAUGUCUCUUCAUAGGUGGUCGUUGCCCAGCAGGGGUUUCAACCGAGAAAAAUCACACGAUAGCGACUCAAGUCAACGCAAAAAAUUCCCAACUAUCCAUAUCGGCAAUCCUGGUUCUCGUCGCCGGGCAAAUCUCUCUUCUGCUUUUGCCUGCCUCUUUGACAAGGAUGAGAACCGCCAAAUUCCCCUAUUUCCUGCCGAUGGAAAUAACACAAAGGAGUUGUUACCACUUUCGAAUCGCAUCGAAAAUAUCCCAUCACCUUCUAGGCUGAAAGACGGAAAACAAGAUCCACCGAUUCACCAACUGGAUGCUCCCAAUUAUAAAAUUCCCAAGGAUCAAGUUGCUGAUAUUUUUACCAAACAAGAUGAAGUUUUAAAACAGCUUCAUCCAGUCGUACUGUUGAACGAAUGUGGACUGCAUGUCCGGUCUUCAGGAGUAAACACUUUGGGAGCUAUAAAGUCGCCAACAAACUUCCCUAGUGUUCGCAGUGCCUCGUCAUCCUAUCCUUCAGAAGGUCUCCGCUCUCCACCCGAACAUUCGGUCUCACCACCGCUAAAUACUUGGUCCGAAAGUUUCAUGUCAGAGAUGACUCGAUAUGGGCCUUAUCCAUCGCAGAAGAGUUCAAGCAGGUCCACUAUCUCGACAACCGAUAUUUCAACCCCUAGUGAUAAGGUUGGCCAAUGUCUCAUGGAAGAACUGGCUGCAGUUGGCGGCAUCUCCGAUUCGGAAACGAGGACAACCAGUAGGGAUUAUACCAGCAACCCUCUUUCGGAUAUUACAACAAUUGGAUCCUCGAAAGAAUUAGAGGACAACUCCUCCGAAACCUGCCAUGAUAGCGAGUCCACCACCAGGCCCGAACAAGAGGUUCGGGGCUUAUCCCUUACCCGUGGAAAUGGAAUACAUUUGUUAGAUGGUCAAUUCUCAAGUACCUCGGCUGUUUAUGGAAGCUUUCUUGAGUUAGAAUCAUCUUUUCGCCAUGGCUCUUCGUCUGAAGAAUUUCCAUUUCGACCAAGUAACACGGGCUCUUUGGACCGUCUGCGCCAGAGCAUAGAAACAAGUGAGACGCGCCCUACAAAGAUUCAAUGGGGGAAGUGCAACACCAUGCCCGCGUCCAUAUCGCAAAAGCCUCCUUUACGAGAUCGCCUCGCUAUAACAUCAGCGCACUUCGAUAACCAAAAUUUACCAGGGUUGCACUUCAGGGGCUCCAGUGAGUCUUCAAGUAAUCUGGUCCAACGAAUCCAUAAGUUCAAGUUCAGAAAAUGGAUUAAAAAGGUAUGCCUCAGAACCAAGGUGCGCUUCGAUAGCGCCAUCAGGAUCGAAGCAUCGUCGCCAAAAGCGUUGGGUAGGAGAAAGUUGAUAUCUCAGAAAUUGCAGCGAGCGAAGCGGGGUAAAGGGGCCUAUAAAGCUAAGUCGAAGCCGAAGAAGGUUCAUUGGAAACAUCCCAAAGUCGCGACGAAAAUCGGGGGGAAGCCUAAGGAUCAGAAGGGUAGAGGGCAUCGCUUCAUACGUUCACUCCACAAGAAAAACAGCAUCCAAUUGCCGGUACAAUUGCCCGACGAGGAAAAGUCCAGUGUCGGCCACAGGAGAGUACAGUCUUGCCCGGCUUAAGAAUAGUUGAUAUGGAAUAAGAGGAUGGGUGCAUUGCGGUGUGAGUAUGGAUCACUUGGGUAUUGCUUGAAACCAAAGGCCAUUCUGUUAGGUUAGAAGGUAAUGUUCAUAAGGAACAUGGAUGGGUAUCAGGU